AUGGAAUUUAAUUUACUGAUAAUUUUUGCCCUCUUACUAUGCAUUUGCUCAGCACAGCACGAAGUUCAACAUCGUUUAUCCUAUUCACCCGUAGGACAUCUUCAAUAUGUCGAGCCUGAUGGUAUGAAAAUUAGCUGGAAACUUUUUGCGAAUCAUUCUCCAAUACAACCCUAUCAAGGCAUUUUAAGUAAGCGCAUUGAUAAAGCUGAAAAUGGAGGGAUAGCGCAACACCAAGUUCAUUUGAGAAAUCGUGUUGACUGGGAUAAAUUUGCGACUGUACCUAUUAAGCGAGUCGAUGCACCUCAACAGUCAAUUUCUCAACAGGAACAGGUCCAGUAUAAGCCUUAUUCUACGGUGCCAUCUCAUAUUCAGAAUCUCAUGACUAAAUUGUAUGCGCCACAACUUCCUUACAUAGAUCCAUCAGUAUUCAUAUACCCUGUAGAACAACAUUAUCAACAACAACAACAACAACAACAGCAACAUCAAUCUCAACAUAAUGCCGAUCAGUCGCAAGAAUCAUUCGAAAGAGCUCAAGAAGCGUUUGAGCAAUCGUCUGCCGAAUUUCUUUCAAAUAGUCAACCCAAUCGGCAAUUUCCAUCAUCUGCCCAAUCACGCCAAGAACAAAAUCAAAAAUUUCCCUUUAAAUUUCCAGCUAACAAAGCAAAGCCAAGUUUUCCCUUCUUUGAUUAUGAUGGUGAACGAGCUACCAGUACCGUUGCAUCUUACGAAAAGAAAAAAGAUUUCUUUUUCUCUGGCGAAGAGGAACAACGCAAAGACGGCAUGCCUGAAGCAAUUCACCAGCUUUUGAAUCUUCAAGCUCAGCUGCCGUACCAUGUUAUCGCUAACAGAAUCUACUACAAGCCAACAAGCAUGUUCAUACCGAAGCCUCUGUCUGAUGAUGUUCAAGAACCCGGGAGUACUUACAAGUAUCGCAGUAAAGUUUAUUACGUGAAAGACGGAGAAUUGCACGAAGAAGAAUCUGCAGCAGCUGAAGAACGAUUUGAAGAAAGCAAAGAAAAUCCUGUUUUUCACAAAUCUAGGUCCGUGAGAAAUUAA